GCGACGCGUCCCCGCACGUCCGUCAUGACCUCUACGCCGUCGUGGUUAUCUUCUCCGUCGCCGUCCGCGCCCCCCGGCCCUUAUGUUGUCCCCCCAGGUGGCGAACGGCGGUGAGCCGCUGGCCCCACGUCACAGCGGCCGUCUGCGCAGGCAGCACGGUUUCCAGCCGCCCCUCAAUCCGCUCCAAGUGGUCGGCUGGCUCACGCUGGCCGCCCUCGCCGGCGGCUCCUACCUGGUGCUGGUGCCGGCGUUGCCGCCACACGCGCAACCGGCCGCCGCCGCCGCGUUGUCCGUCCUGUUGCUGGUCCAUAUUUCGACCCACCUAUCGGCCACCCUCGUGGACCCUGCCGAGGAGGCUCUACGUUCGAGGGAACCGAAACCGGUGCCCUUGCUGGACCGCACAAAACACUCUCACGUGAUCGAGGGCGGCGUCUGCCACCUGUGCCACAUCCAAGUCACCGCUAGGACCAAGCACUGCAGCGCCUGCAACAAGUGCGUGGCCAAUUUCGACCACCACUGCAAGUGGCUGAACCACUGCAUCGGUGGCCGCAACUACAGCGUGUUCCUCAUGUGCGUGAGCAGCGCCAUCGCCGCGGCCGUCUUGGUAUUCGCAUUGGCCGUAGCCAACUUGGUCUACCAUCACACGUUGAAACAGGGCGACGAAGACGAGGACCUAUCGACCGAGGAAGCGAAGGACUACGGUCCCCCUUCGAAGUCCAACGUUUCGGCGCAGGUGUCAUCGUCUCUGCCGUCCAGCGACGCGGCAUUUCUCGCGAUCGUCGCGGCGCUGGGUCUGUUGGCGGCCAUUACUGCCGGUCUCCUACUUCACCUGUGCUUCUUCCACAUCUACAUAUCUUUCCUGGGGCUGACUACUUACGAAUACAUCCGGCAACAGCGCCAAUCUCGGGCUCUGACGCGCGACCAACACGCGCAGGACGCGCCACGCCACGAGCAAGAAAACGGAUACAUUAAUUCAACUUUGCGUCACAGACCGGUGAACCUCCAGUGCGACGGGCGCACGCGUACAACCUUCUUCAGCUGCACGGUGCUAGAAGAAACGUUCUCUAGUUGCAACACUGAGCCGACCCCUACCCCACCGACCACCCCGCAGGACUGUCAAAUGUGCAUUAUAAACAACAAUGCGGUCGCGCCAGAGGCCAAAGUUUCCCUCAAGAAAGUACAUCGGAAGUGGAACUGUUGCGUCUCGGUUCCCGAUAGUCCAGACGACCCCAACAGCCCGUCCGAGCCGCGUUGUCUCAUGUCCCUCUGCAGGCACAAGGCCAAAAGCAAAAAACUGCCGUCCGCUUUGGAGGGCAGGCCGCAUAGGACGCACGGCCAUUGGUCCAGCGCAAAACUCAGAAUGUUGUUUCGUGUUUUAGGGAAUUUAGGCCAGCAUAGGCGCCGAAACCAGCAGCAACAGCAGCACGCUCAAGCUCAAUUACCGAAAACCAACCAAAUUGUGCCUCUAUCUAGCGACACGGGUAGCAACGAUCCCUCCAUUCGGACGAUUAACAAUUUGGUUCCCGUUGCCGAUUAUCCGGACGCAUCGUACGGACCUAAUGCGGCUACACUCCCCCGAAGAAGGGUAAUCAGCGAAACCGAACUGGCCAACGCGCUGACGCUCCUUCAACAGCAGCAGCAACAGCAGCGCUGCGGCCGGAGACCCUCCUACAGGAGAAAACGGCGUAGCGUGGUUCACCGUCCUAAAACGCCCGCCCUGUCGCCGAUCAGGGAAAGCGGGCUCAGCAACCCAGCCUCUCCGUCCCGUCAAACGUGCACCGUGUCGGCGAUCAGCGGAUCAUGCACCAGGCCGUUAUGAAUAUUAAUAAUUUAUUCGUAACUUUUCGAUUAUUCGCUACGCGCGGCUCAGUAGAUCAGAUUACCCACCAGAUUAAAUAUUAUAAAAGAAGACACCUCACAAACCAAAUCACGUACUUAAUAUACGUGGAUUACAAUUUAACUAUUUUUCUAAGCCGGAGUGAGUUUGUAAGCAUAACGUAUAGGAAUCUAAUGCCCAGUUUUUGAUCUCUCGUCCCGGGAUAUUAAUACGUUUUAAAUUUUACUGAAAUAAUAAUACGCGUACCUAUAACUGGCAUCAAGUCUAACUGAACACUGAAACUUUCUUAUUUUUUGAAUCUGAAAUUCUUAUUGCCUUUUCAAUAAAAACAGACGGAUGAGUACUUACCGUAUUCUUGUCCGACUUCGAGGGCCAAAUUUUUUCUUCGUAAAAUUUGCAAAGUAUACAGAGCGUUUAAAAAAAUAUGCGUGAAUGCUCGGCUGGAAAUUCAUCCAUAAAAAACUUACCAUUAGGGAAGGCACUGGACGUCAUAAUUUUUAUCUAGUUCAAGCAUUUAGGGACCUGUUUUUAUAUGAAUUUUUUGAAUGACGAAUCAGCCUGUAUGAAGUGCAGAAACGUUAUUAUCUCGAGAAUUACACAAUUGAUGACAAAUCUAAAAUAUAUAUUUUACAAAAAAAUUGUCCAACGACACCAAACAAAACACACGUAGGUCUUAUCUGAACUUUUUGUUUUCGAUUCUCGGUAGGUGGCGCUGUAGUCGCUUAGAAAUUUUGGUUUAUGGAACCUGAAAAGGUUUCAAUUGUUUUCUUGACCAAUUUCAACAAACCAAGAUCUGCUCUAUGGCGAGAGUCACGUGAAAAUCCAAUAUUUCAUUCCACUUGAACCUUGGGGUCGCUUUAGCUGUCUUCUGAUAAAUUACAUAAUACUUUUUUUUUAUUCAUCACUUCUUGGGAAAUAAGAUACGAGAAUUGAAAAAAGCUUCAAACAAACCGUUUCUUUUAUUCAAUAUUUAAAUGAUUUUUAAAAUUAAUUUUGAUCAAUUGUGUAAUUCAUCAGAUACUCCACUUUCUCUGGCAUAUAUUAAGUACAAACCACAUAAAACCGUCCUCUAUGACGCUCCGAGCAAUUACUGGGCUUGUUUCCGUAUUUUGAUUCCGUCUAUAAUUAUUGUUACAUAUUAUAGGGUUUUGUCUAAUUAUCGAGAUGAUAUUAGGUGUUUGUCAAGCGAAAACCUUUUGUGGCUUUGCGGCGCCAGUACGACGAGUACAUGUAAUUAAAUAUUUAUAAAAACUGUGUUACGAUUUACAGAAAUCAUUAUAUGAACUGCAUUAAAUUUUUUUAUAAAUUUUAAGACUUCAUAAAGUCACCAAAUAAAUGCUACACAGGUAUUGUCCCAAGUUUCGUUGUGUGUGAAAAAAUUCGAAGUGCGCAUUAAUUCAAGUUUUGUACA